CAUUCGACGUGUUAAAAAUACCGAUCGUUCAAUAGGUUCAUUGUCGGACGUUAAGGGUUCUCCAGUACUUGCAAUGAGGUAAUUAGCGGAAUAAAGGCGCGUUUUGCGGAUUCGCGACGGCCAGUGUUAAGAUCGUGGCUCGCCCCGCGUAUUACCGUAUCCUCGGCGUAUCGGCCGUCAGUCGCGUACGGCUCGUCGCACCGUGAACGUCGUGUGCCAGGAGGUGGUGUGUAACGUACAUACGUGUGCGCGCGCGCGCGUGCCUAUCCGCGUCCGCUCAUCCCGUGCCCAGAGACACCAGAAUUUCGAGGAUCGUUUCCCCCUUUUAUUGUGGAACAGUGCGAGUAACAAACACGACAGUGUGUCUCCGUGCCAUUGUGAAAUCGAACGACAGAUGCCAUGGAUUCCUGGAUGUACGAUGUGGUUUGCAUGAUGUCCGGCACCGGUACCGAAACCAUGGUCGGGAACAACCGGACGAUGGCGAACAUCAAGCAAGAAAUCGAGAAUCCCACCACGCCCACGCAGAACUAUCAAGUCUGUUCACCGACCACCACUCUUCAGCAUCAAGAGGUAAUCUGUAGCAAGAUGGAGGUUUCGAACGAUUACGGCGGCGGCGGGGGUAGUCCAGGAAGUCCGGAAAUGCAUCAUUGUUCGUCCACGACACAACCCUUAGGAACACCCGAGGAAGGCGUCAAGGAGGAGGACAUGAUACCCAGAAGGCUUUGCCUGGUCUGCGGGGACGUGGCGAGUGGGUUUCAUUAUGGAGUCGCGUCCUGCGAAGCGUGCAAGGCCUUUUUUAAAAGAACCAUACAAGCGAGUAAUUUCACAGGUAAUAUCGAGUAUACGUGUCCGGCGAACGGCGAGUGUGAAAUAAACAAGCGCAGACGGAAAGCGUGUCAGGCGUGCAGGUUUCAGAAGUGCCUUCGACAGGGCAUGCUGAAGGAAGGCGUUCGACUGGAUCGAGUCCGCGGAGGCAGGCAAAAGUACAGAAGGUCUACUGAUCCCUACACGCCUAUCAAGACGGCCCCGUUGGAAGCAAACGUAGGGACAGGAGCUUCUAACGAAAUAAUAAAUAAUAAAAUGCUGGAAGCACUGGCCGCUUGUGAACCUGAUAUGCUGCAAGUCUCUAAUCUCUCCCACACCCUCGAUACGGAUCAGAGAAUCCUUGGACAGCUGUCGGAUCUGUAUGAUCGAGAAUUGGUUGGAAUCAUUGGUUGGGCGAAGCAGAUCCCAGGAUUCAGUACGUUGGCUCUGAAUGAUCAGAUGCGAUUGUUGCAAAGCACGUGGGCUGAAAUCUUGACCUUUAGCCUUGCGUGGAGGAGUAUACCAAACAACGGUAGAUUAAGGUUUGCCCAAGAUUUCACUCUUGACGAACGACUUGCGCGCGAGUGCCACUGUACGGAGCUGUAUACGCACUGCAUACAAAUCGUGGAGAGGCUUCAGCGAUUGGGGUUAACUAGGGAAGAGUAUUUCAUGUUGAAAGCCUUGAUACUGGCUAACAGUGAUGCUAGGUCUGACGAGCCAUUGGCGCUCUACCGUUUCCGGGACACUAUACUGAACUCCCUCUCGGAUUGCGUGGCGGCACUAAGACCGGGCCAGGCGCUCCGUGCUACACAAAACAUGUUCCUAGUGUUGCCCAGUCUCAGGCAGGUCGACGGUAUUGUUCGGAGAUUCUGGUCGAGUGUCUAUCGAACGGGGAAGGUACCGAUGAACAAGCUGUUCGUAGAAAUGUUAGAGGCCGCUUAUUACCGAUGAAACGUCGAUCCGAACUCGAUUCAAACAAAACAAAAUAUUCACGUUAAAAGGACUCUAUAGAAGCGAUGACCGUUCAGCGAUGAACGAUCAGCGUACCACUUACGACACUCUGGCAGUGAGUAUAUAGAGUACGUUCUGUCGCGUCACUAGCAGUGUCAGCGGCAGUCAGUGAGUGAUAGUGAGAAAGCGAAAGAAGGAGAAAAGGGAGACUGUGUGCGGUUUUAUUCGUUUUUGUCGUUAAGAGAAAGACUCACGGACGAAACAAAACAAAACAAAACAAAGGAUAUAUAUAAAGAAAAAAAAAA